CCCCCCCUUAUGCCCACGGUGGCAGCUGAUGGAAGAGAAAUCACUGUCCAAGCCCACCAUGGUGUCCAGACUGCCCAAGUUCGGUGCCCGUCCUGCCCCGGGGGUGUCCAGCCCCCUGCCCAAUGGGCCCCCUCAGCCCCCGCCCCCCACCCAGGAGGGCAAGACGCCCCCCCCAGUGAGGGCCAACGGACUCCUCCGCACCUCCUCCUUCUCUCUGAAGUGGAGGAAAGAUGGCGUGGGCGCCAGUCCUGAGGAUGGAGCGUGCCUGGAGGGGAGGGAAGACAAGCCCCAGUUCCAGCUCCCCUUGCUGGGGAAGGAGGGUAAGAAAGCCUCCCCCUCAACCCCUAAGCUGCAGAGGUCUGCUUCCUCCGUGUCCUCCACCUCCAGUCCCAAGGCCAUACCCAGGCAUCAGCCGUCCAAGGCCAGCCCCAAGACAGGGGCCAGGCUGGGGCAAAGCCCGCUCAGCGGGGGCCUAAAAGCGGGCCUGAACGGCUCCUUGGGCUCCAGACGCUCGGGGUCUGGCUCGUGCCUGGUGAACUCCGGCUCGCCCCGCAGCGGCUCCAGAGACAGUCUGUCCCAGUCCAGCGACAGCCUCAAGUCGCUCGUGCUGGACAACAUGGUGCGCUCGCAGAGCUUCACCCACUUCAAGCAGAUCCCCUCCCCCAGCAGCCUGCCCAUGACGCGCUCCUUCUCCUUCAACAGAGCUGUGGAGCUGGCCAAGCCCCUGGCCAACACCCAGCUCAGGACCCCCAGGACCACCCUCAUCAAGCCCCCCCAGGGCCUGGCCAACGGCCGGUUGGGGCUGGGGCUGGGAGGGAUGGGGGGGGCGGGUAGUGUGGGGAGCCUGGGGGGGCUGCAGUAUGGCAGGGUAGGCUCAUCCCCCCUCCUGUCCACCCCCACCCCCCCCAGUGGCCUGAAGAAGCCCCUGCUACCCAGCUGUGUGCUGUCCAAGCCCUCCGCCCUGGGCUGCAGGCUGGCUCGCCCUGGGCAGGCCAAGCUUCAGAAGCCCCUGUUCCCCGGCAUGGUGAGGGGGGAGGUCAGGGCCGGGGCGGGGGGCGUGGGGGACCCCCCGGACAAGGCGGACUCGCCCCCCGUCAGUCCGGACCCCCCCAGCGCCGGCGAGCGGAGCGGCUCUCUGAGGGAGGCGCUGUCCCAGCCGUGCACGGCCGACGGGCUGGAGGACAUGUCCCUGUCAUCCGCCUCGUCCCUGGAGCGCAACGACACCAGCGACGAGUUCCUCGACGACUUCGACGGCCUCGGCGACCCCGGCCAGGGGGAGGUGCCGGACAACAGGAGUCGUGGCAACGCCACGGAGAUUCGCCUGCGCCACUUCCUGAACGAGAGCAUGGACUGGGAGGGGAUGGGCCUGACAGGCGGGCAAGAGGAGGGAAGCGAGAGGGGGUCCCGGGGGGGCCUGUCAUCCGAGGAGGGGGACCUCCCCCAGGGCUCGUCCUUGGAGCUGUCCCCCUCCAACAGCUCCGGGGGAACCUACAUGUGGGACGAGGAGGGCCUGGAGCCCCUGGGGGGGCUGGCCUCACACCCCUGUGACAGCUACGACAACGCAGACCUCAACAGCAUGGACAUCCUGAACCAGCUGGGCUCCCUGGAUCCAGGAGACCUGGAGGAGGACGACCUCAUGCUGGACGUGGACCUGCCUGACGAUGGCUCCCUGCACACCGGUGAGACAGUCUUCCUAGUCUCCAUCUGA